AUGCCUUUUGCUGGAAGUCAACCUCUGCCAAAUGACCAUAGACGUAAACACUGGACCAGACGAAUAAAGACAUGUUUCGAUCAGCCAAUGAAAAAAAUAAGGAGGAGACGUCUUCGUGCCGAAAAGAAGGCAGCCAAUCCUCUACAGCCAACUUCCCUUCUCCGCCCCGUUGUGAGGUGUCCCACCAGGCGCUAUAAUUUCCGUGUCCGAAGAGGCCGAGGGUUCAGUCUACAGGAACUGAAGGCAGUUGGCCUCAACAAGUACUACGCCCCUACUGUGGGAAUAUCUGUGGACUACAGACGGAAGAACAAGUCUGUGGAAGGUCUCACUGCUAACGUGGCUCGUCUCCGGGAAUAUUUGUCCAUGUUGGUCGUGAAGAGUAAAAAUGUCUCCAUCAGUGCUGUAUUUUCUGUUUCUGAGAUACUUCCAGCUCCACGCUCAAGGAAAGAUCAGCGUGAAUGUCUCCAAGGACAUAAUCCCCAUCACACAGGCCAAGUCCGAACCUCCUCGACUUGUCACUGA